UAAGCGCCAUCUAUUAAGUGUUGAUUUUACAAUUGAUUUUAUAACCAACACGUGUUUGUUGAACGAAAACAUUGACCGAAAUUAUGGAGUAUUUGGAUAACACGUCGGCCGCCGUCGCCGAUACCGCAGCGACAAUAUUGUGUUGUCAGUGCGGAACAACUAUAACUGCUAACCCGUCCAAUAUGUGUGUGGCCUGUCUUCGCACUCAAGUCGACAUUACCGACGGUAUACCCAAACAAUUGAUUAUAUAUUUCUGUAAGAAGUGUCAAAGAUAUCAGCAACAAAUGGGUCAAUGGAUUACUGCCGAACUCGAGUCUUCGCAAUUGAUGUCAUUUUGUCUGAAGAAACUCAAAUCACUUAAUAAAGUUAAUUUGGUGGACGCGACGUUUGUGUGGACUGAACCGCAUUCAAAGCGCAUUAAGAUUAAACUGACGGUUCAAAAGGAGGUGAUGGGUGGCGCCAUUUUACAGCAGACAUUUGUUGUCGAGUAUGUGGUCAACGGACAUAUGUGUGAUGAUUGUCAUCGACGAGAGGCCAAAGACUUUUGGCGAGCAGUCGUUCAGGUGAGACAAAAGGCUACUCACAAGAAGACGUUCUUCUAUUUGGAACAAUUGUUGAUUAAACACAAAGCGCACGACAAAUGUGUUAAUAUUAAGGCCAUCGAUGGCGGCAUUGAUUUCUUCUUCGACAAGAAAGAUGACGCCAAGAAAUUGGUUGAUUUUCUGGUGACAACAGUUCCCGCCCGCUAUCAAACAUCGCAGCAAUUGAUAUCACACGACACGCAUAACAAUACCUAUAAUUAUAAGUAUACGUUUGCCGUUGAAAUAGUUCCCAUCUGUAAGGAUGAUAUCGUUUGUCUUCCAUUACAAACUGCCCAAAGUAUCGGUAAUAUCGGACAGAUUUGUAUUGUUCUUCGCGUUACAAAUUUAGUCUAUUUGUUGGAUCCGUUUACUCUGAGAACCUUUGAAUUGACGGCACAAAACUAUUUCCGAAACCCGUUUCGUUCGAUCUGUGGCUGCAAACAGUUGACCGAAUAUACAGUUAUGGACAGCGAUAUCAUUAGAGAUGAAAAUAUUAAAGUACCGGUUGGUCGUCGUUCAGAUAGACAUGUUUUAGCUGACAUAUGGCUGGUCAGGUCCAGUGAGAUCGGUAGCGACAAUCAGAAGCAUACGCGAACACAUUUAGGACAUCUUCUCAAACCGGGAGACUUGUGUCUGGGAUUUGAUUUCAACGGUGCGAAUAUAAACGAACAAAACUUUGAGAAAUACGAAAGAAGUAAUGCAAAUAAAAUACCGGAUGUUAUAAUUGUUAAGAAGUAUUUCGGUGACAAAGUUUCAAGAAAUAGACGACGCGAAUGGAAACUCAGACGCAUUGAUAUCGAUAGCAGAUCUGAUGGAAGUACUGUCAACAGGGAGUACAUGGACUUCAUGGAGGAUCUGGAAGAAGAUCCGAUGCUUCGACAGAAUAUUAACAUAUAUGCAGACAAAGAGAAAUUGGAGUCAGCAAUGGCUGUCGAUGUGGACGAACUAGAAGACGACGCGCCGAAGAUUACUCUACAAGAAAUGCUUGAAGACCUGAUCAUUGAUUAAUAUAUUAAAAUUAUAAAUGUUUAUUAUUGUAA